AUGUCAGCUUCUCAAUGGCGCCCUGGAAAACGGGUCGCGAUCGUUGGAGGAGGACCUGGAUCGAUUUCAGCGGCUCUAGCCUUUAUUCAACGAGGCUUUGACGUUCGUAUCUUCGAAAGACAACCAGAGUGUACAGCUAUUGGAGGCGCAGUUCUACUGGCAACCCCUGUACUAGCCAUUCUUCGGUCUUACGGACUGGAUGAGAAGAACUUCGGUUCUUACACAGUGACUUAUUUUAAGAAUAAUUCCGGCAAAGAGCGCGUCAAGCUGCCUUUUAACCCAGAGUGUGAGCGAAAAAUGGGCAUCAAAGGCUGGCACUAUGGCGUUCUCCGCUCCUCGAUCUUCAAAAAGAUGUUGGAACUUGUUCCCGAAAAUGUUAUUCAUGCUGGUCACGAGUCUACAUCUUACACCGAACAUGAGGAGGCCGUCGAGCUUUUUUUCAAGAACGGUCAUCGCGAGAUGGCUGAUAUCCUCAUUGGAGCAGAUGGAAUCCGCUCGAAUGUAUCGCGACAAGCAUUCGGCGACCCUCGCUUAUUUCACACCGGAAUUCGACUCUGGCUCGCUUGGUGUGACCACAUUCCCGAUAUCCCUCCAAACUACGGCUUCAUCUCACAUAGCUGGCAAUAUCAAGCUAGCUUCUUCCCGAUGCUUCAUGAGGGAAAACCAGGAUUCGAGUGGUGGGUGGUUGAACCGUCAUGGGAGGGCAAGCCUGUCCCCGAAGAUCCCAAAGCGCAUCUUACAGAGAUCCUCAAGGAUUGGGCACAGCCACUCCCCCGGUUCUUAGAUGCCACUGAUUUCAAGAGUCAAGUGUAUCGUUGGGAAAUCUACAACAGACCAUCGUUGAAGAAGUGGUCAAGUGGUCGUGUUGUAUGUCUUGGCGAUGCUGUUCACCCAGUAUCACCAUAUGCAGCAUAUGGGAUGGGCAUGGCAAUUGAGGAUGGUUACUUUCUUGCGAGAGCGCUGGAUGGCGUUGAUCUACGGGACAAACGAGCAGUCAACGCUGGAUUUGAGAUCUACGAGAAAGAACGAGUUGACUUUGUUAACCAUAAUGUGGAAUUUGCUCGUCGACUUGGCUGGAUGUUUCACUCCGUGCCGCGGCCUCUUGCCUGGAUUCGGGAUGCGAUUUUCGAUUACACUCCGCUAUUAAGUAACUUUCUCAAGACUGGCUACUUAAAAAAGUCGGAAGAGGAAACGCUGGACUUGGCAGAGCUCCAUGUUGCUUGA